AAGAGCAAUUAGCAUUAGUAUAUCGCAAAGGAGUUUAUCCCUAUGACUAUAUCAAUUUUCAUGAUAGGUUUCAGGAGACAGAACUUCCUCCUAUUUAUGAAUUUAAUAGUACUCUUAAAGGUGAAUACCAAUAUCUCUAUCUUAAAACUGAUGAUGAAAUGCUUAAGAUGAUAGGAGUUAGGAUCGAACUUUUCACAGAUAUAGCUAUGCAUGAUUUUACUGAAAAAGCUAAAUGUGAUGGUAUAUCUAUG